ACCUAGGUAUCAACAUAUAGUUAACUAAUUUACUACAAAGGUACCUCAUACGCAUCCUUAGAGAGGCAAACCCCGAGUUUCUCACAAAUCCAUCAUGGCGUACGCUAUUACCGACACCCUCGCCCUCCCCAAUUCCUCCGUUCGCAUCCCCCGUCUGGGCUUCGGGGUGUACCGGUCAGCGCAGUGCGGGGAGUCAAGCCAGCACGCCCUCCAGGCAGGAUACCGCCACAUCGACACGGCACAGUUCUACCGCAACGAGCGGGAAGUCGGCGAGGCGAUCCGGCAGUCUGGGAUUCCGCGCGCGGAGCUCUUUGUGACCACCAAGAUCAUCAGCCCCGCCGGUUCGCCCGAGGCGACGUACAAGAAACUGUGCGAGAGCGUGGAACAGAUCGCGGGCGAGGGGCCAGAUAGCUACGUCGACCUCUUCCUUAUCCAUAGCUCGUCUUCGGGGCCUGCGGGCCGGAAGGAGCUGUGGCUCGCGCUUGAAAAGUUGCUCGCAGAGGGCAAGACGCGGAGCAUCGGAGUCAGUAACUAUGGGGUUCAGCAUAUCGAGGAGAUGAAGGCGUAUGCUACCGUGUGGCCGCCGCAGGUGAACCAGUUAGAGCUGCAUCCAUGGUGCCAGCAGCGGGUCAUCGAUGCAUACUGCAAGAGGCACGGCAUCGUUGUCGAGGCAUAUUCGCCCAUUGUCCGCAAUUACAAGGCCAACGACCCUACGUUGGUUGGCCUCGCCCAGAAGUACGGAAAGACCACACAGCAGAUCUUGAUUCGGUAUGCGCUGCAGAAGGAGUGGGUGCCGCUACCCAAGAGCGACGAUCCUGCCCGUAUCGCGGCCAACGCUGCCAUCUAUGAUUUCAACAUCUCCAGUGAGGACAUGGCGGUCCUGAACGCACUGGACCAAGGCCCCGCGGGGGCGAUUGUGGAGGCGGUUGAGAAUGAGUGAAGACAUCGGCUUGGAAUGAGGGGGGGGGGGGGAGAGCAACCCCCUGGUUAUUUACCUCCUUCUACAGACAAGCUUCAGUAAUCUGGCCGUUCCAUCAGAAAGGCGUUGACCGAUUGCAAGGUAGAUCUUGAAGGAUUCGCGUCGGGUUUUGAUGACAUGAUCCACGCAAGGCGCUGUCGGAUAAAUUGUUUAUUCAUGGCUUGCCCUUGUUUCUGUGUAGAGAAGUCGCC